AUGAAGCACUUCUUCUGCAAGCUCCGGGCAGCCUUUGCUGUGCUCGUCUUCACCAUCACGCUCUGGUAUCCCUACUCAGCAGCAGCUGCAGAUGUUUCCAAUGGUUCAACAAGCACCACGCUUGCAGAUGAGUACGAAGCACCAUGCCUUUAUGUGAACUACUGCACGCAAGCGGCCGUGUGCUGCCCAACGGGUGUGGAUGAUUACGGAUGGAUUGCAGCGGCCGUCGGCUGGAGCCUCUGGUUUCUGACUCUCAUCCUGCUCUGCGUGAACAAGAUCAUGAAACUGCGGCCUGAUGAACCCAAAUAUUUGGUAGCCUGA